UUAUAUUCAUUCUGUCAGCAAACCAUGGCUGCGACAGUUGGGGAUUCUCCUUCGCUCGCUGUCGCCUCAUCCCGGCCGUCGGGGGAUGCCGACUUGGGGUCCCCUCACAUAGCGGCGCUGAUCCUGGCUCGAGGCGGCAGCAAAGGGAUCCCGCUGAAGAACAUUAAGCUCCUGGCUGGCGUUCCGCUGAUUGGUUGGGUACUGAGGGCAGCCCUCGACUCCGGCGCCUUCCAGAGUGUAUGGAUUUCCACAGAUCACGAUGAAAUUGAGAAAAUUGCCAAGCAGUUUGGAGCUCAGGUGCAUCGGAGGAGCUCUGAAGUGUCUAAAGAUUCUUCUACCUCUUUGGACACCAUUGUGGAGUUUCUCCAAUAUCACGAGGAGGUUGACGUCGUAGGAAACAUUCAAGCAACUUCCCCUUGCCUGCAUCCCACCGACCUCAUCAAAGUCGUCAAAAUGAUCCGUGAGGAUGGCUUCGACUCGGUCUUUUCAGUCGUGCGGCGGCACCAGUUCAGAUGGAGUGAAAUUAAAAAAGGAGUCUGUGAAGUGACCGUCCCGCAAAAUCUGAAUCCGGCCAAGCGUCCUCGGCGACAGGACUGGGAUGGUGAACUGUAUGAAAACGGAUCGUUUUACUUUGCCAAAAGGGCCUUAAUUGAAAAGGGGUAUUUGCAGGGUGGGAAAAUGGCAUACUACGAAAUGCGAGCUGAGCACAGUGUGGACAUCGAUGUUGAUAUAGAUUGGCCUAUCGCGGAGCAACGGGUCCUAAGAUAUGGCUACUUUGGGAAAGAGACCUUAAAGGAAGUGAAGCUUCUGGUAUGUACCAUCGACGGAUGCCUCACCACCGGCCACCUCUACAUCUCCGAAGAUGGGAAAGAGAUGGUUUCCUAUGAUGUCAGAGAUGCGGUUGGCAUCAAUCAGCUUCAGAAAAGAGGCGUAGAGGUGCGGCUGAUCUCCGAGAGGGACUGUUCCACCAAGGCGCUCUUGACCUCGAAGUUGGGCUGUACCGUGGAAGUCGGGGUGAUAGACAAGCUGGGUGUCGUGGAGAAAUGGCGGAAGUCCAUGGGGCUGUGUUGGAAGGAGGUUGCGUACUUAGGAAAUGAAGACUCAGAUGUGGAGUGUCUGAAGAAAGCCAGCAUGAGCUCCGUCCCUGCGGACGCAUGUCCGGCUGCACAGAAAGCGGCAAGCUACAUCUGCAGGUCCAAUGGCGGCCGCGGGGCAGUUCGGGAAUUUGCCGAGCACAUCCUCCUUUUGAUGGAAAAGGUGAAUUCGGCUGGAAAAAACUCGGGCCGACCAAGCUAGGAAGUCGCCUCUAAGCAGCGUCUCGGGAGAGAGAUGGGAUUCUGCUUCGUUGAUUUUGCUGGGGGUGUCCUUUCCUCUGCUUGGCUUUUGACAUUUCCAGAAUCCCAAAAAGGACCCCGACAAUAAUCUUUGAAAUAUCUGCUUUAUUAUUAUUAUUAUUGAACGGGUGAUGAAAUCGUUACUGAAUUGAUGCAGACCCAAAGUGGCAGGAAAAUCCAAUAAAUCCAAAGACACGCUAUUGCCGGACACAUCCGUGGAGAUUGUCGGUCAUCCAGGUCAUGGUUGUCCCAAAGGUGCUUUUUUUUCCAAGAGACAACUGGACUUUCUUUGUUUUUCUUUGAAGACCUUUCGCUUCUCAUCCAAGAAGCUUCUUCAGCUCUUGACUGGAUGGUGGGGAAUGGAAGGAUUUCUAUUCCUUGCAGACAGCUGGUCAUGUGCAUUCUUUUAGAGAGUCGUUGAAAAGGGAUGCGGUGACUCAGUGGCUAAGACGCUGAACUUGUCGAUCAGAAGGUCGGCAGUUCAGCAGUUCGAAUCCCUAGUGCCGUGUAACAGGGUGAGCUCCCGUUACUUGUCCCAGCUUCUGCCAACCUAGCAGUUCGAAAGCAUGUAAAAAAUUCAAGUAGAAAAAUAGGGACCACCUUUGGCAUUGAGUCAUGCCGGCCACAUGAGCACGGAGACAUCUUCGGACAGCGCUGGCUCUUCGGCUUUGAAACGGAGAUGAGCACCACCCCCUAGAGUCAGGAACGACUAGCACGCAUGUGCAAGAGGAACCUUUACCUAGAGAGUCGUUGAGGCCACCUGGAGGUUUUAUCUGUGUCUUCAGGGUCACCUGAGUGGUGCAUAUGGGUGUGCAGCCUUCUUGGAACUGUUGAAAGGACGGUGUUGUAGACUGGUGAUAGAUGAUGUCGUAUCCUUCCCCCCCCCCCCCCACUCUCUGUCGAGAGAGGGCUGUACAGUUUUGACAUCGAUGGCCUCUUUGACCCCUCUUUCAAACUAGCCAUCUGCAAGGAGUAUAAAUCCUUCCUUUCCCCGCCAGCCAACCAGAACUGAAGAAGCUUCUUGGAUGAGAAGUGAAACGUCUUCAACGAAAAACCGGAAAGUCCAGUUGCCUCUUGAAAGAAUAUUGCCCGACACGUUUCCUAGAAGACUUAAAUAGUUUACAGCCUUAUUCCCUGAUUAUUAUUUUUUUAUUUUAUGUUUGUUGGUUUUUGCAGCCUGAUCAUUUAGGCAAAUAGAAGCAGUAGGAAAAAAUGCUUGGGUUUUUUUUUUUUUUUCUCAUUCUGGCUACAGUGCCAUGCCAUUAUAUAAGGAAUUUAACACUGUGUGGACAUCAAAUGGAACUUAAUAUUUUGCCAGAGGGUGUCUUCUAAGUUCUGAAGUCUCCCGACAGAUAGGAAUAUACAUUCUUGAUUUUAUGUUCAAGAUUCUCCAUAACAAGCUUUAUUUUAUGCUGUUGCCUUAGAUUGGCUCCUCUAAGCCAACAUGUCUCAAUCUUGGCAACUUUGAGACGUAUGGACUUCAACUCCCAGAAUUCCCCAGUCAGCCAUGUUGACUGUGGAAUUCUGGGAGUUGAAGUCCGUAUGUCUUAAAGUUGCUGAGAUUGAGAAAGGCUGCUCCAAGCUGAGUCACACAGGUGAUAUAUGCUGUCACCUGUUCAAUUGGGGAGCAUCAAUUUUUUGGGGAGGGUCUGAAGUUGCAAAUAAUAAUUGGGGAGCGGGGAAAGGCAUGAGUGCCAAAGGCAGGGCAGUGAUGCCGACGGGUUAGAGUCCUAUCAUUUCUUUUCCUGAAUUUGAGGAGGACAGAUUUGAGCAGGAGGGCAGGUGGUCAAUCUUUAAAGGUUUAUGGGCCACCGGUAAUGAUAAAGACUUCCGUUGUGAAUUCCUUGGGGGACUUAUUGACGGGAUGACCCAGCUCAUCUGCUUGGCCACAUCGCUGAGCAAAGUCUUCCUCCUCCUGAGCUCCUUGACAACAGUUCUCCUCCUGAUGUUCCCCCAGGUCCAGUGGUGGGAUUCAAAUAAUUUAACAACUGGUUCUCUGCCCUAAUGACCGGCUGGGUGGGCAUGGCCAGGGGGUGUGACAGGCAGCACUCGGCCACCUGCACACACCCCCGGGAGCAAAAAUAGGCUGCGGGGGGAAUGCACUGUUCCCCCAUGCCCCAUUUUGGGCCUAGUAGGCCUCCCUGCAGCCUCCUGAGAGUAAAAAUGGGGUAUGGAGGGGCUGCACCACACCCCUGUGCCCCGUUUUGGGCCUAAGAGGCCUCCGUAAAGCCUCCUGGGAGCGAAAAUGGGUCAUGGGGGGCCUCUGCCCCCCCACGUCCCGUUUUGGGCCUAGGAGGACUCCCUGCACUUACCUGGGAGCCAAAAUGGGGAGCAUGGGGACUCCUGGAAGGGGAGGGGCGCAAUUUAACUACCGGUUAAGGGAAGUCAGCAAUUUAACUACCGGUUCGCCUGAACCAACCCGAACCGGCUGAAUCCCACCACUGCCCAUGUCCUAGACUAGCAGUGGGGAACGGUGGAUGGCCCUUUUAUGACUUGUGGAUUUCAAUUCCUAGAAUUCUAGGAGUUGAAGUCCACAAAUCAUAAAAGGGCCAUCUGUCCCCAGACAGUGAUCUGAUGCGAUCCCGUUUUUUUGUAGAUCCAAUCUUUUGCUUCUGGUGCACUUUUGUUCUCUUGAGAGCAGCCAUUUGAUAAUGAAGGAAAGUCUUUAGGAAAUUAAAAAAGCACGUAAUGAGAGAUGGAAAUUGGGUGUUUUUCUUCCACUUGCUAGCUCAGAAUCGGUGGGAGGGUCCAAUAAGAUGGCAGGAGAACGUUCUCAUGUUCAGUUCAAACUUGUAGCCCCCGAAGCGUGCAUAUUCUGAAGGAAAGACCCGACAAUGCAGGAGGAUCCUUGCCUUUGCCGUGGAACAGAUUUUUGCAGUACAGGGAGUCCUCGAUUUACAACCAUUCGUUUAGUGACCGUUCAGCGUUAUAACGGCACUGAAAAAAGAUUUAUGACCGUUUCCCACUUACGACCAUUGUAGCAUCCCCGUGAUCAAAAUUUGAACACUUGGCCACCGACUCAUAUCUAUGACAGUUGCAGUGUCCCCUUUUUGUGACCGUCUGGCGAAUAACAUAGAAGCCAGAUUCAUUUAACAGCCGUGUUGCUAAGUUUAAUAAGUGCGGUGUUAACAACUUGAAAACUGGAGGCCAGAAAGGUCAUAAAAUGGGGCAACACUCACUUAACAACUCUCUUGCUUAGCAACAAGUAUGUUGGGCUCAAUUGUGGCCAUACACCUUGCGCCCAAAUCCAACCCCAUGGGCUGGAUUCACCUCACACGCUAAGACAUAUCUGUGUUACCCGAAUGUACCUGUUAGCUCUUUAACUUUAAGGUGGUUGGAUCAUCUCAUCUGCUAUGACAAUUAUUUAUUUCAUUUAUUUCAUUAUUGGGCCGCAGAUUAUUUUCUGACUAAAUCGAUGGGCCGAAACAGGUUUCCUGAGUCAAUUGUACAUCAGAUAAUCUGCUGGUAUUUACAGGGGGUGAAUGUUGUUGUUGUUUUUUAAUUCCAGGAUUCUAAUGUUUGUAUGUUUGAUUAUUUUUAAGAAAAUCUGUGAUGAAGAUUGAUUGUGAUUCCUUUGUUGUUGUUGUUGUUUACUUUUCAGUGGGCUUGCGGGCUUUAUGUUUUUCCCCCCCUGAAAGCUCAGAAGUGGAGGAUAGAUAGAUGAAAUUUUGGAUAAAUAAAUAAAUGUCCAACUUUUUUUUUCAGUCAUGCUUUUAAAAGUAACCUUUUCCUCUAAUCUUUUUUUUCUUUUAAGUUUUUUAUUUUUUUUACAAAAUAAUAUUUUUUUUUCUUCUUAUCUUGUUAGCCUUUUGGACAAAGGCAACUGUCAAGUACAAGAAGCAUCUACAGAGAAGCAGGGGUGAAAUGUAAAAUUUGUUACUACCGGUUCUGUGGGUGUGGCUUGGCAAGGGGGGGGUAAUGUGACUGGGUGGGCGUGGCCAACUUUUUUUUUUUUUUUUUAACUUUUCAAAGCAUUUUUCCUAAUGCUUUGAAAAGCCUCUGCCGAUCAGGCAACUCAGCUGGGAUCAACAGAGACUUUUCAAAGCAUUUGUUUUACCACCUCUUCGGCCAAGAGGUUGCAGAAAAAAAUGCUUUGAAAAGCCUCUGAUGAUCCCAGCUGAGCCGCGUGAUCAUCAGAGGCUUUUUUUUUUUAACUUUUAAAAGCAUUUUUUCGUUGGAAGAGGUUGUAGAAAAAAUGCUUUUAAAAGUAAAAAAAAAAAAAGCCUCUGAUGAUCGUGUGGCUCAUCUGGGCAUGGGUCGGGGGGCGCAGGGAUUUUUGCUAUUGGUUCUCCGAACCACCCACCACCAUCGCUACCAAAUCAGGCGAUCCAGUCCGGACCGGGAGCAUUUCACUCCUGCAGAGAAGGGUCUGAAAAGUCACAAUGACACCUACUAUGUUGUGAUUUUUGCUUUCCCCUGGUUCCACCCACCUGUGGACAUCCCUGGCAGGAACUUUAUGGGUUGCCUCUUCCUUCUGUGAAAGAAGGUAAGAAGACUUUGAGCUAGAAAUAUUCUCCCUUAGCUAUUUGCAGUGGUACCCAAGGAGAAUUUCCAUGCGUAGAAAAAUGUAGAUGUGUUUGUAGGCUGAAAUACCAUUCUGGGCAAAGUGAUUUUAACAUUUGUGUUACCUUCCCACCAAAGUGGUACCUAUUUAUCUACUCGCGCUUGCCUGCUUUCAAAUUGCUAGAUGGGCAAUUUGCUGGCGCAAGAAAUGGAAGCUCGUCCCAUCACAUGUCACAAGGUUUGACACCUGACAAGUUCAAUGUCUUUAACCACUGAGCCAUUGUGCCCCUAAAUACAUAUAUUUAGAAGCCCACCUUGCUGUAACAUUUCACAUCAUGUGAAAUGUAAAUACUGGCCAAUUUAGCGGACAUGAAUUACUGUAUUUUUCGGAGUAUAUAAGACGCUCCGGACUAUAAAGAUGCACCUACCUUUUUGGGGGAGGAAAACAAGAAAAAAAAUCUGCCUCUGCCUCCCAGCAAUUUGCCUCCUUGCAGCAAACGGCAAAUAUCCUGUUUCAGUUUCAUUUUCCUUUUCAGCACAGCCUGAUUAGCACAAGAAAAAAAAAAAAUCUGCCGCUGCUGCCCAGCAAUUUGCCUCCUUACAGCAAACAGCGGAGGCUGAAAAUGGGGCACGCGGAGGUGGCAAUAGGAAAUGGCAAUCCCUACAGUCUGAAACAGCUGAUGGUCGGGAGGCCGACUAUCAGCUGCUUGUGCUAAUCAGACUGUGUUGAAGCUGAAACUGAAAUGGGCUGUUUGCUCCAAGGAGGCAAAUUGCUGGGAGGCAGAGGCCAGAGGGUGGGGGCCGGCGGGUGGGUGGGGCUACAUUCGGUGUAUAAGACGCACCCAAAUUUUCACCCUCUUUUGGGGGCGGGGGAGUGCGUCUUAUACUCCAAAAAAUACAGUAUCUUGAGAGCUAUGAGAAUUGGAUUACUCUCAGUAAUUACGCUUCAUCAUACAAAUAAAAUCUUAUCCUACUUCUCUUUCCCCCCCCCAUAAGAUCACCCUUUCUGUGAUCUACUGUAAAACAUGGUUUCUUCUUAAAGCCACAAUAGGCAAAGUUUCUACAACGCUGAGGCAAAAACCAACCAUCCACAGCAGGAUGGGUGAAGCCUUUUUGUCUUGAAACCAUUUUGAAAUUUUACUUUUGGCCAAAUAAUUUUGUAUCUCUCCCGCCCAUUUUUCACCCUUGUUUUACCUUUCACUUUAAUAUGCAAAAUCAAUUGCCUGUCCAAAAGAGAUCUGGUGAACUCUGGACUGGGGGAAAAAGAGCCAAAUUUGUAAUAAUAUAUUAAUGCUGGAUGAAGGAAUAUCCCGAUAUGAAUAGCUGGUAUUUAGAUUAGAAGGAUGAAACAAAACUUUUAAAUAAGAUAUCCCCCCCCCCCUUCAGGACUCAAAUCACCUGAAAAUGGUUUUUGGGGGGAGAAAAACGGUCCAAAAAUUGCUACUGGUUUAUAAAUAUGAAGUAUAAAUAUAUUUAUAAAAUAUCAGACUAUCAAAUACAUUUUCCGCCAGAUGCCGAGGUCCGAUGUAUUUUCUGGGAACUAUGAAUAAAGGACUUCUGUCCAAAUGCUCUUUAUUGAUUUGUCUUGUUGAUUAUUUAUAAGUGUGAAUAAAAUGUAAUCAAAUAGGUUUUAUUUUUUGUAAAAUUCAAGAAUAAAAUAAAAAAAACCUUGUACAACCGUA